UUGACUGUCCAUUGCGCCAAUCUCCUCCCCUUACUGCUUUUGACGACGUCAUUCCCUAUUUAACCACUGCGCAACGCUCACGAUUAUCAGUUUGCAGACGAGAGUAAAGGUUACCUGCUUCAACAGUGCUUGAACGGCAACCUUCUACUCUUUCGAAGCAAUUCAUUUUUUGAUGAAAUUCAUCCCUUUUAAGAACCAAAUUAGAUCAAGCUAUCCAUAACAUCGUUAAUACGAACAAUUCGAAUCACUCACACCACCACUUCGGACCAGAAAACAAGAAACAUGCCUCCUGUGAGACAGAACUUCCAUCAGGACUGUGAGGCUGCCAUCAACCGGCAAAUCAACCUGGAGCUGUACGCUUCCUAUGUCUACCUGUCCAUGGCGUAUUACUUUGAUCGUGAUGACCAGGCCCUACACAACUUUGCCAAGUUUUUCAAGAACCAGUCCCACGAAGAGCGUGAGCAUGCUGAGAAGCUGAUGAAAGUUCAGAACCAGAGGGGAGGGAGAAUUUUCCUGCAGGAUGUCAAGAAACCAGAGAAGGAUGAGUGGGGUAGCGGUGUUGAGGCCCUUGAGAGUGCCCUGCAGCUGGAGAAGAGUGUAAACCAGUCCCUGCUGGACCUGCACAAGGUCUGCUCUGAACACAACGACCCACACAUGUGUGACUUCAUUGAGACACACUACCUGGACGAGCAGGUGAAGUCUAUAAAGGAGUUGGGUGACUGGGUGACCAACCUCCGCCGCAUGGGUGCCCCGCAGAACGGCAUGGCCGAGUACCUGUUUGAUAAACACACUUUGGGGAAGGAGCGCGAAUAGAUAGACCCUCCAUUUUCUUGCUGUAGUUCUGUCUUGCUUGAUAGAUCUGACUAGUCUAUUUUUCUGUCAGGGACUGGCAUCAAUAAAGUAUAUCCUUGAAUCCUUAGUUUGCACUAAGCUUCAACCUCCAGUUCCUAUAAGCCAGUAGCUCUUUGCCUCUCCAAAUUGACUGUAUUGCCUGCUUUUGUUUUGAUGGCAGUUGUCGUGAAAUAAAAAACCUCUGGAUUCUGA